CUGCCUUGAGGGGCGCAGUGUGCUGACAACCCUGCCAUGUAACGACCCAGGCUUAAAAUUCGCGAAGAAUUUUAGUUCUUGUUUUCCUUUCUGGAGAUUUUUUUCCCCACAGCGACGGCACUGGCAGGGAACCAAUCCACUGUGUUGUAAAGGAAGUAAAUUCAGUACCAAAGGGUGCUAAAAUAACCAAUUUGGUUAUUACGUUGUGCUUCCAUAAAGAUAAUACAUAUCAUUAUUUCAUAUUAUUCUGUAAGUACACUGUUUCCAACAAGGUUCUGAAAUUUCUGUGUUGGCAAGUUUGUGAUCAUCCUCACCUUAAAGUGGCACGGAAAGCCACAAGAAAGAAUAGUUCCCGCCUAUCAAUAUCAUUAUAACCGAUUUGGGAAAAUAGCCCCAAAGCCCUUGCGUUUUGUUUACUUAAAGAAUAUGUCAUUUUCAUUUGUUGAUCUUUAAAAUUUGACCCUGUAUUAAGAGUUUCAGCGACAAAGUGACAUUCUGGCUUCUGUAAUAUAAAACUUUUUUUCUGCACUUUUGCCCCAUCCGCAAUUUAUACAGACUGAAUUCAUAUAAUAUUUGCCUGUUAUGGCCAAACUCUCUGCAUCUUUAUGGAUUAACUCGGAUGUCUUCAUAAAGUCUUUAAAAUUGUUUCCAAGAGAGCCAUCCAAAAUAGAGUAUACAAGGGCAAAGACACGACAUAACAUAUUAUCAGGAUGACGCUGAAAACAAAACGCAUUAACGCAAUAAUAGCCACAAUCUCAGCAAUUUUACUUAUCUCCGCUUUAAGAAAUAUGGACGUAUCCUCAUCAAGAAGCUCUGCUGUUAACGCGUGGACUACAACACCUGAUGAGGCAGGUGACGACCAGCGCUUGUCUGCAGCCGGGUACGGACAUCCUAGGAAAAAGAUCACGAAAGACAUGCUUCUGAGACUCAUUUCCUCUCGGAUUAACACGACAAAGCAAGAAAAACAGAUGAAAGAUCAAAACUUAGGAACUGCGGCUAUCAGACGUGGAGAAUCUUCAAAUACAAGUGGUGUUGAAACAAAGACUGCGGGCGAUAAUCCCACUUCUGACAACUACCUUCAAGUAGCAAAAGCAGAAAUCAAAACAGAGAAAGAAAGUGUUGUGGAUAAACAAGAACACCAUCACCAACAGCAAGAGAAACAAGAACAACAGCAACAAAAAAGAACACAAAAACAACGGCAACGGGAUCUACAAGAACAAAAUCGCAACAUGAAAAAAGCCAGAGAGCUUCAGACUACAAUUUUACCUUUGCAUAAACAACCGAAUGGGAAAAAGAAAAACACGAAGACUGAAUCCACGCUAAAAAAUGUUUCUUUACCAGAUUCUACAGCCAGCACUGGUGAUUCAGGAGAAGAUGAUGAACAGGGUGAAGUUAUUCCUAACCUGCCAGAAGUGCAUGAUGUAAGUACGCCUGUUACAGACGCAAAUGCCGACAAAGAGGAGAACUCAGACCAAAAUAAACAUUCGGGUAAAGAUUUAGAACCCGGCGGCUCCAAGAAUGACUCUUCUGCAAACCGAAAAGAAAGCACAGAAGGAGAACAAGAAAACGAUCUGAAGGAGAAGACAGCAUCUACACACAAACGACCACGCGUCCUCAUCUUUGUGCUCACUGGUCCAAACAGCCAACACACUCAGGCGCAGUAUGUGAAGGAUACCUGGGCCAGGCGAUGUGACAAAGUUCUUUUCUUCAGUGCCCAGACACACAAAGACUUUCCUGUUGUUGAUCUAAAAAUCCCGGAGGGCAGGGACAACCUGGCUGCCAAGACCUUGAAAGCCUUCACCUACGUGUAUGAAAAUCAUUAUCAAGAGGCAGACUGGUUCAUGAAACGGCGGUGGGGGAUACGUUCUGAGCAGAGAAGCGUUGAAAAGGCUGAUGGUCCAAGGAUUGUACCCAGACCGAUGCGAGUCGGGGGGAGCGGGUGAGGAUAUCAAGGUCGCCAAGUGUUUGGAGCGAGUGGGAGUCAAGACAGCCAACUCUACAGACUCACAGGGCAGGCAUCGUUUCAAUUGUUUCCGGAUUGACCAGCACAUGACUGGGCUGUAUCCGAAGUGGUAUUACCGGAAGGACUACAACGCUACCCAGAAGGGAGUUAAAAGCUUGAGUGAUACCCCUAUCAGUUUCCACCAUGUGGAGGGGCCCGAAAUGCUUACAAUCGAUUUCCUGAUGUACUACGUGCGACGUCUAAAAACAGACCACUGGACUUCCGAGUAAUUCGUUGUACCUGGUUUGAAUUAAAAACAACUUUCCUACA